GGAAAACGUCAGUCUACAAAGUAAAUUGCUUGUGGCUCUUAAAUUCGCCAUGGCAGGUUUUGUUCAAAUGGCUGCACUCCAAACAAAAUGUUUAUUGAAUUCAAAUGUAUGGCAAUUUAAAAGGAUACCACAACGCAGUGUCACUCUCUAUACACAAGGACAAUCGCCCGCACCAAGGAUACGUGAAUAUUUCUACUACAUCGAUCAUGAAGGAAUGUUAUUUUUGGACGAUGCCAAAAUGAAAAAUUUUACAUCAUGCUUUAAGGAGAAGCACUUCCUGAAAUUCUUCUUUAGUCGUUUGCGAUUAAAUGAAACACAAAGUUAUCCCAUGUUUCCAUUCAUCUCGCUUUGUGGUCGAGAAAGGAACUAUAUACGUUGUGAUGACACACCCAUUGUUUUUACGGAGCAACUGAUGAAGACCAAUGACUCUGAGGAUCUCUUGAGCUAUGCACAUGGAGGGCCAGCAUUAACGGUGGCUUUCCAACCACACAAAAUUUAUAUGCAUCCAGAAAGUGGCAGAGUUUAUCAUCCAGCUUGGUCAAAAGUAGGUGGCAUUGGACUAAUCCGUUCCAAGUUGGCCAUUGAGCUUAGCCAAAACUUUAUAUUUAGAGAAGGUGGCGAAACGCCAACACAUUUUAAUUGGCGUGAUACUGCGGUCAAACUGGAACACGAUUGGGUAAAGGAUUGUCUAAAGUUCGGCAUUAAUUAUUCAUGA